AUGAAAUAUUAGUAUUCUAAAAAUGUGUUUUAAUAACAACGAAACUGGUGAUGAAGUGAAAACCGAGAGGCAAGUGUUUGUUUCAUCCGAAGAAGAUGAAUUUCGAGUUGAAGAUACCCCUGGAGAUGCCAACAAUUUGAUACAGAUUUCUCAACAACAACAGCAACCGCUAGCUCCUGUUGUUAAGUGGGAGAGGUAUCUCCCGGUUAGAUCGCUUAAGGUUCUUCUGGUGGAGAAUGAUGACUCAACACGCCACAUUGUUACUGCCCUUUUGAAGAAUUGCAGCUAUGAAGUCACUGCUGUUUCGGAUGUCCUUGAAGCCUGGAGAAUUCUAGAAGAUGAGAAGAGUUGCAUUGAUCUUGUAUUAACAGAGGUUGUCAUGCCUGUGCAUUCUGGAACCGGUCUGUUGUCCAAGAUUAUGAGCCAUAAGACACUUAAGAACAUCCCCGUCAUAAUGAUGUCAUCUCAUGAUUCCAUGGUUCUGGUCUUUAAGUGUUUGUCAAAUGGUGCUGUUGAUUUUCUCGUGAAACCCAUUAGAAAGAACGAACUAAAGAAUCUUUGGCAACAUGUCUGGAGAAGAUGUCACAGCUCUAGCGGAAGCGGAAGUGAGAGUGGAAUACAGGACAAGAAGUCGGUGAAACCUGAAAGCACCGAAGGGUCAGAAAAUGAUGCCAGCAUCAGUGAUGAACACAGGAAUGAAAAUGGGAGUAGUGGCGGUUUGAGUAACCAAGAUGGUGGGAGUGAUAACGGGAGUGGAACUCAGAGUUCUUGGACGAAAAGAGCCAGUGAUACUAAGAGCACCUCGCCUUCAAAUCAAUUGCCCAAUGCACCCAAUAAGAAAGAAACCUAUGAAAAUGGAUCGGUACAUGUUAAUAAACCGAAGGAGGUUGAAGAUCAGAAAGAACAAAUAGAUUAUAUUGUAAUAGGCACGGGAUCACAAACAGGAAUGUCUAUGAGUAAGAAAGCUGAAGAACCAGGAGAUCUGGAAAAGGAUGCAAAGUAUUCUGUUCAAGCUUUGGAGAGAAACAAUGAUGACAUGCUGAAUCGCUCUUCUGGUAACUCACAAGUAGAAAGCAAAACAUCUUCAUCUAACCGAGAAGUUUUGCAAUCACUCGAGCAAACUCUGAAAAAACCAAGAGAGGCUGGAGAUUACAGAAUCGGUGAUCAAAGUGUUUUGAGGCAUUCACAUCACUCUGCAUUCUCAAAAUACAAUAAUGGUGCUACUUCUGCUGAUAAGGCUCCAGAAGAAAACGUGGGAAGUUGUUCUCCUCAUGACAGUCCUGUUGCGAAACUGUUUGGUUUGGGUUCGAGCAGUGACAAUCCUUCAAAUCAGCAGUCUAGUGGAAGUGACCGUUCAGCACAAAGAGAAGCUGCUUUGAUGAAGUUUCGCCUUAAACGUAAAGAGCGAUGUUUUGAGAAAAAGGUUAGGUACCAUAGCAGGAAGAAACUAGCUGAGCAACGGCCUCGCGACAAAGGUCAAUUCAUUCGCAAGAUGGAUGCUUAUAAAUCAGGAAGUGACGACAGAGGAAGCUCACGUAACGCAGGGCAAGGUAACGACGAGAACGACGAAGUAAACCUCGACCGACCAUUUGGGAAUAAUGAGCGCCUCAAUCAUCUUUGGAGAAAUCAUCUCUCACUUCCUGACGAUCGUGAAGUUGCAGAUCCGAGUGCUCGUUUUUUCCCUAUAUCUCCACCUCUACCUGAUAAUUGUGGAGCAUCAUUUCUAUGGCGCGAACUCGUAGACGGAACAAUAAACUUCCGGGACGAAUAUUAUCUCGGCAGAGGCAACUUCGGCGAAGUCUAUCGCUGCCGUUUCUCAAGACUUACUGAGGAUGGAGCCGUAAAGAUUCAAAAACCAGACAAUCCAACUGGUCAUGUUGAGUUCUUGGCAGAGGUUACAACGUUACAUGCAGCUAAUCACCCAAAUGUGAUUAGACUUCUUGGCCACUGUUACGGCCAAAGGAACCGUGCUAUAGUAUACGAAUUCAUGCCCAAUGGCUGUCUUGAGCGUCACAUCUUUGCACACGCGACGAGGGUUGAGGGUCCGUUUCCUCGGGGUCUACAUCUACCAAUUAGGGUUUUGGAUUGGGAUACGAGGAUGAGAAUUGCUUUGGGUGUAGCCAAGGUGCUUUUCACCGGAAGGCAGCCUUUUUAUGUGAAGAAACCUCUUGGGAUUAGGGAGAAUCUCACUGAAUGGUUUAUCAGAAUAUUGCCUAGACUCGAGGAUGCGCCUGUGAAAGUUGAUGUUGCGCUCGGUUAUAGGUAUUCGGUUGAAGGUUUAAAGAAGAUAUUUGAUACUGCGAGGAUGUGUUUAAAGACAGAGCGACUUGAACGGCCUACCAUGAGUGAUGUGGAAGCAAUGGUUCUCGAAGCUGCAUCUUUCCCGGUCCAAGUGCCGCCGCCCCAGGUGAAAAGGAGGCAUUCGGCUUCGAAAUAUGAAGUUUUCUCAGGCGGUUUUUAGUAGGCUUUUUAUUUUGGUGUUUGUUUUUUCGGAAACAUAUUAUAGACUUGGUUUUGGUACUGGUUUUACCAUUUAAGAUGAGAUCAGUUUGUGAACUUUUUUAGAUGGUUUUGUUCAUCAGCUUUUUGAGAUCUUUUGUCGUUAUGAAACUUCUUAAAAUAGGAGUGGAGAGGAAAAAGCAAAGCAUAACUGUUGUUAUUGGAAUUUAGUCAGAUGCUAAGUCUUUCAAAUUUAUUUCUUUGAUUCUGCAACUUAUAAAAGUCACGUUUUGAA